GUAUGUGAUGAACGUGCCCUAAAAAUGUAACCAGUUUGGUUGACAUCGUCAAUUAUUUCUUUACGGUAUAUUUCAAAGGCGAAAUAUGGCAAGAGAAAAAUCCCGUAGAAGAAAAAAAAUGAAACAAAAGCGAAAAAUGUUUCAGUACUCUAAACAGGACUUGAUAAGCGCUCUUCAAGAUAUUCGGGAAAAAGGCAUGAGCAUUCGCGAUGUAUGUAGAAAAUAUCAGGUACCUAAAAGUACCAUACUUGAUAGAGUAACGGGAAGAAGACCUGAUUACCUUUCAAGACCUGGACCGUCUCCUUUUCUAACCAAAAAUGGUGAGGAGCAGAUUAGCGACUGGGUUCAACAAUUAACCAAACGCGGUUUUGCAAUAAAAAAGGCGAUGGUUUUAAAAAACGCUGCGCAAAUAGCUACUAGUUUAGAUCCAGAUUUGUUUAAAGAUGGCAUGCCUAGUCAUCAAUGGUAUAAUAGAUUUAUGAAAAGGAACCCCGGUAUAUUUAUAAGCAUAAAGAGAACGAGAGCAGUAGUAAGUGAAAAGGAUAUCAAAAAAUGGUUUUCAGAUCUCCAAGUGUUUUUGGAAAAUAAUGAUUUAACAGAUAUAUUUAAUGAUCCUUCGAGAAUUUUUGUUUAUCACGAGUCGGAAUUUUAUCUGUGUCCAACAUCAAAAAGUAUUUUGGGUCCAAAAGGGUACAAAAAUACGUAUACUCAUUUAAAGGAUAGUGAAACUAUCACAGUUCUCAUGGCAUUUAAUGCCAGUGGAAACAUUUCUUCUCCGGUAGCAUUUUUUCCAUACAUCGAAACUCCAGAGGUCAUCACUAACAACUUACCCAAUAAUUGGACCGUCGGAAAAUCAGAAAAUGGCUUAUUGACAAUAGAUUCUUUUUAUAAAUACAUCGUAUGUAAUUUUCACAGUUGGGUGUCGAAGAAUAACAUUUCUAGACCGGUAAUUAUUUUUAUCGACAAAGAAAACCCUUACUUGUCCGUGACAUUAAGUAAAUGGUGCGAGAAAAAUCAAAUUAUUUUGUACAGUUUACCACCAAACACCAAUAGUAUGAUGAGACAUGCAGAUCUAAAAGUAUUCAAACUCAAGAAAUCUGACUGGAAGGCGUGUGUCGACAAUUGGAAAAGUAGACCACAAAAUGUAGACUGCUCCGUUAAUGAAACAAAUGUUUGCACAAUAUUCGACGAGAUGUUACGGACGCAACAUUUCCAAGACGACAUAAAAAGUACGUUCAAAACUUCUGGUUUGUUUCCUUUAGACCCUAACGAGGUGGAUUAUUCAAAGUGUCCCAAGGCACGUACAAAUCCUAAAACUAAACUCAAUUUGUUCAAAAACCAAAUAAAAUCAGCCAAAAAGAUUAUUUUAGCAAUACAAGACGAUUUAAGUACUGAAGGUAUCGAUCCAAAAGUGGUUAUAAACGAGAUAAAUAUUUUUGAGAAAAGGGUUCGAAAGUCUGUUCUACAGUUAAAAAAUCAACAAGACAGUUCUUGUUGUAGUGAAAGCGAUAUGGAAACGAGUAGUGACGAGAGUAACACCAUCCCUGCACCUAUGAUGGCUAGCGACACGUCGAUGAUGGAAGACCUAGGAUUAGAUACGGUAUAUGAUAUACCAAUGGACUUGACAAAGGUUGGAAGAUUGACAGACAAUAGUUCAACAAUCAGAAAUAGGGCCCAUUUAACUUUUGAAUUACCUGCCAAGCAUGAGGACCUUUUAACUGAUCGAGGAGGUUAUUAUGUUAAAAAUAUACAUGAACCAAAAGACAUCAUAGACCAGUUUAAAGUGGCCAAGGUGUUAUUUAAAGAAAUGGGAGUGGAGUUUAUACUUAAAAGCUUUGAUGUAUUCUACUCUGUAUUAUAUCGAGAAGAAAGUUUACCUCUAGAUUUAAUUUUCCAAGCUUAUGAACAUUUGCAUUUUGCUACUUCUAAUCUCUAUAAAACACUGAAUUAUUUGUUAGCUGACAAGUCAUCGCUCAAUGAGGAUUUAAAGCAAAAGUAUCGAAAUGUGAUAAAGAUGUUAAUUUAUAUUUAUCUAGAAAUAGUUUCAACAAUUGAAAAGAAAAAUGUCAACACUGAAAGAAAUGAUUAUGAAGUGAGAAAAACAAAGAAGAAUGUUGUCCCUCAGUUCAAUUUAAACAAGAAAGGGAUCAUUUUAAAUCUGAUUAAUUUGCUUGAGACUGAUCUUGUGAUAUUUUGGGACCCUCCUAUUGUUGAACAACAGUUUAUAAAUCUGAUCGCUGAACUUUGUUAUACCUUCUUGCAAAAUCCAAUCGUACAAAAAGCAGAGAUUUUUCAUUUAUUAGGAGUACUCAUAAAAAAGUACAACUAUAGUUCCAUAUUCGUUGUUAGAAUUGUACAAUUGAUCAAAGAAGGAAAAAACCAAGAGCACUUGGUUCACUGCAUUGCAGACGAUAUUAAACAGUUAAUAGAGACUUUUAACUGUAAAGGAUUGUUUGGUGCAUUAGUCAGGGAAUUGACUGAGUGGCAGAUUGAUGCUGAAGGACUCCAAGAUAACCAGAGUUCACGUGCAUGUUCCCAAAUAUUAAGUGCCUUAGGCAAUGCAAUGCCGCAAUUGAUUUUUUCAGAAAUUGUAUAUUUGGAUCGCUACUUGGGUCACGAGUCGGUGAGCCUAAGAAUAGCGGUCUUAAGUAUCAUGACUGACUUGGUGAUUUUUCUUUCGCAUAAACGACAUCUAACCAAAGAUGAGAGGCAAUGUAAAGGAGAUAUAUAUGUUAUUUUGACGGAUCAUAUAAGGGACAAAAGUCCGUUUGUCAGAUCUAAAGUUUUUCAAUUUUGGGCUACUUUGUAUAAAGAACACGUUGUACCAAUUGAUAAUGUCUUCACCGUGAUGAAGAAAAUUGUUGAUGUAUACUUAUUCGAUAAAGCACCGCUAGUUCGAAAAGCGGCGGCAAAUUGCCUUUCAACGUUUUUAUCUUAUAACAAAUAUGGAUCAGAGUUAUCCCUGUCAAAAAUGAGGAAGGCAUUAGAAGCCAGGCAAGAGAUGAUUAAACCACUUUCGCCUCUCAUUGAAAAAGCGAAAGAGCUCAAACAGAAAGAAUACCAGGAGGAAUGGGAUAAAAUGCUUCCGGAAUUUAAAAAGACCAUAUACGAAGAAUUGGCCAAACAAGAUCCAGAAGUAGACAAACUGGAAAUCGACCGAACUCACGCGUGUGAAAUUAUCCGGACUUGCAUGUCACAUGGGAAUUUUGCUGACGCUUUCCAACUGUGGAGGGAUGUAUUUGAUGAUUAUGAUGUGAACGUGAUUGAUGAAAACGACGAUAAAGAUAAAAUCGUUAAUGAAUUUUUGGAAAACUAUUUCAAGAACAUCUACAUGCAAGGCUUGCAAUUCCUUCAAGCGUUAGAGGACGGAAUGUUGCAGCUUGAUGAUUGCACUUUAACCUUGGACGAUGUCAAGAAAUAUGAUGUGUUAACCGAACAAAUCGCUUAUUAUACAGAAGUAAUAAGAUUCGUGGAAUUAAUGGAAAAGGGCGUAGUAGAAAUGAUGGAGCUCCUCGAGUCGACCACAAUAAGCGACAUGCAUGAAGCGAUAGGAUUUUUCAUUGCGACCUACCGGUUUAAAUUUGAUAACGCCCAUAUUGGCAUUAACGCCAUGAUUAAGAUGGUGAAUGUAAACGACGCGGAACGGAAGGAGGCGCUCCUAGAGGCCCUCAAAACGAUUUACCUAAAAACUGAUAGUCCUUCCGGAUUAAGUCAGCACUGUGAAACGGUUGUACAAAGAUUAAUCGGUUUAUUAAGAACCAUUACCCGUGCUACCAUGCAAUCAUUUGAAACGAUGAUCUCAGAAUGGACAAGAAGAGGAUGCUUUGAUAACCGCAUAAUUAAUCACCUGUGGAAGUAUUUCACUGGUAACAUAAAAGUAUCUGAGGAAGAACAGAAUGCUAGUCUAGAACUUUUGAGGUGUGCCGCCCUUAAUAGGACAACUAUAGUCACUGACAACAUUAAGUUGGUGGUGUCGAUAGCUUUGAAGGAUCCCGGUCCAGAUACCGUAAAUAUGAGACUAAUGGGCACAGCUUGCCAUUUCCUAGCAGUAGCAGGAAAUGAAAGGGUGAACGUAACGUCUGCAGCUCCGCCAUUCAGAAUAGCAGCGAAUGAACCACUUUUCCAACAAAUCUUUCAAAUUAUGCUUAAGUACUUCAGUAAACCAGUCCCGUUUUAUUAUAAAUUUAUGGAGGGUGCAAUUGAGUUUGUUUAUAAGGUGUGUGCUAGGCCGGAGCUACACGUAGAUCCGUUCCUAAAGGAGGUCUCCAAACAAUUACAUAAGUUAAAUGCGAAGCAAAAAGGGGUUAAUCGUUUUAUGUAUGUCAGAUUGUGCCAAAUAUUGGGACAGGUGGCUAUUCAAGUUUUAGACCAUCUAGAUGGCUCAGUUUAUAGAGAAAUGAAGAGACGCAAAAAUAUUCAAGAGGAACGGAAGAAGAAGAAUAAAAAAUCUAAGAAACAAAUUACGUCUGAGACUGACCAGUCAAGAAAAUCUUGCACAGAUUCUUCGCCAAAGGCAUCUACUAGUAAAGCGGCUGAUGAAACGGAAUUGUACGAUGAAGAUUAUGAGGAUGAAGAAGCAGAUUAUAUAUUGAAUAUUCUUGAAAAUCACACUGUCUCAGAAGAUGGGAUAUUAGCGCGAUUCGCUAAUAUUCUUAUCGAGGUCGCUCAACACCCUAGAGAAUUUAACGAUGAAACGUUACAAGCAACCGCUGUUAUGACCUUAAUGAGGUAUAUGUUAGUCUCCAGCCGGUUUUGCAGGGAAGAAGUCCAGCUUUUGUUUACUAUACUUAAAAAAUCCGAUUUUCCGUCAGUUAAGGUAACUAUAUUGCUGCAAUUAGCUGACCUUUUAAGUAGAUUCCCGAACAUCAUUGAGCCGUGGAUGUCGACGAUUUAUGAAAGGUUAAGGGAUCCGAUACUGGAUAUCCGGGUAGCAGCCUUUCUAACGCUCACCAGACUAAUCUUACAGGACACGAUCAGGCCCCACACUUAUAUUCAUCUAAUAGCGUUGACCUUCAUAGAUGAAAAUGAAGAUUUGGUUAAAAAAUGCCACAAGUUCUUCACCGCUUUGGCGAAGAAAGAACGGAAUUUCAUUGAUGUGAUUCCAGAAGUGUUCGGCCACUUAAUGGAUAAUGAUAGCGUUGGCGAGAUUUCGGAUUCAGAUGUUAAAUAUAUAAUGAAGUUUCUUUUCGGAUUAAUAGAUAAACCUAAACAAAUGGAGAGUUUGGUCGAAAAAUUCUGUGACAAGUUCGAACAGACUGAAAACUUGCGCCAACAGAGGCACGUCGCUUUUUGCCUGUCUUUGAUCGAAUAUAACGACAAAGCUCUAAAUAAACUUCACAAUCAUUUUAAACAAUACAAACAUCUUGCAAUGCAUGACGAAGAAAUUUAUGCGAGCUUUAAUAAUAUAUUGCAAGCCACGAAAAAAGGGCAAGUAGGGAGACGCGACUUAAAAGAGCAAGUAUCUGCAUUUGAGGAAUUAAUAAAGUCCGUUUUCGAAAUGGGCCAAGCUGGACCUAGUGGUAUUAGCCAAGCAGCACCACCAUCAGCAAAACAGGGUGGUGCAAACAAGGGAAAAGGCAAAGGGAGGAAAUACACCAAUUCUGAUUAAUAUUUUUAGAUUCUAAUAUUUUAUUAGUUUUUAAAAAAAUUUUUGAUAAUUUAUUGUUAUAGUUUAUGGUUGUUGAAAAACAUAUCCUUUUUGUUUUAUUUAUAAUUAAUAUUAUAAUUUUUUUACUUUUGGAACAUUUCGAAAAAAAAUAAAUAAAAAUGUAUAGUUAA